CCCGAUCAAAAAUGUUUGAUUUUCAGACCGGCUUUUAGUUUUAAGUUUUAACUGAAGUUUUAUAAAAUCAACAGUAUUCCUAUUUAAAACUUUGUUUACCACAUUAGACUAAUUUUCAUGUAGCAAAGAUUACAUAGUUUUUUGUUGACAGCUGGUUGAAUUGAUAUUAGAGCUGAUGGCAGCAUGGAGUUUUUGGAUUUUCACCACUGCUGUGAUCUGGUUUGCCAUUUUCCUUACGUAUUUUAUGCCUGUAAAGAAAGAAUUCAUCGGGAUUUCCACACCAGAGACAGUCCUGGAACAAUCAGGGUCCCUCGUGCCAGGGGUUUCCCCUUUGAAACGUCACUACAACAAAACAGUUUUGGUUUUGAUUGAUGCUCUUAGAGCUGAUUUCUUGUUCAGCCCUGAUACUCCAAUGUCCAUGACAAAGAAAUUAGUCUCACAAAACUUGGCUUUAGUGGCUAAAGCCCAUACUCCAACAGUGACUUUGCCAAGAAUCAAGGCUCUGAUGACCGGCAGUGUUCCUGGUUUUGUUGAUGUCAUCUUAAAUUUCGGCUCAACAAAAUAUGAGGGGGACAACAUUUUGGCUCAGAUAAGUCGGGCCGGUAGAAGGGUCGUAUUUUUCGGGGAUGACACAUGGAUCAAACUUUUUUCCGACCAUUUUACAAGAUAUGAAGGCACUACCUCCUUUUUUGUCACUGAUUAUACAGAGGUGGACAACAAUGUGACCAGACAUUUGCCGUUGGAACUCUCUGCAGGGGACUUUGACCUACUUAUCUUGCACUAUCUAGGAUUGGAUCACAUUGGUCAUCUGGCUGGUCCCAACAGUCCAUUGGUUCCUCCAAAGCUCCGAGAAAUGGACGAGGUCAUUGACACAGUAUACAGAUCACUUACAAAGUUGCAGGGAGAGGGACUGCCCAACCUUCUGAUAGUGUGCGGGGACCAUGGAAUGAGUGACCAGGGCAGUCAUGGGGGAGCUUCUUACAGUGAAACUCGAGUACCACUCGCGUUCCUGUCCACCCAACAUAGGUCCAGCACAGGUGGUGUGGUUGAGUCAGAAGUUGAUCAGAUUGACCUUGUUCCUACAUUGUCAGAACUGCUAGGUCUUCCUAUCCCUAGCAACAACCUAGGGCACCUGCUGAUGGACAUGGUUCAAGAGCAAGGUGCUGAGGAACAGUUAGCCUCACUACUGAGGAACACAAUCCAGCUCCUGAAUCUGCUGAGGGAGGACCAGCCAGGUGCCGAUUCAGAAGUUAGAGGUUUUUUCCAUUCAACUUGUCAACUCCAUUCAAAAUGGUUAUCCCUAACUCCACAGGAGAGAAGUAGUGCAAUGGCUCAUCAAAUUCAAAUCAAAUACAACGAGGUCAUCACCAUGGCAACAAGCACCAUCACCAAAAAGUUGACCACUUACGACCUACCAGCUCUGAUCACUUGUGCCAUUGGAUUGUGGACAGCAGCGAUCCUCCUCCUGCUGAGUCAGCAGAGCCCGGUAAGAUGGGUUGUCAUGGUCCAUGUGAUCUCUACCUUGUAUUUGGUCGGCCACCUGACACAAUUCCAGUCUGUUUGGCCGUUCUCUGGGUCCGGGUACUUAAUCUCUGUAGCCUCCCUUAUGCUUGUACUCUCAACAAUUGCACUCCAGGCCAAGAAAACAAUGAAGGAUCAGGUGCUGGAGUGGAUGCGGAGUUCAUUUUGUGGAGGUGGAUCUCUGUGUGGGGGAUUCCUGAUCGCUGGGACGCUCCUCCACACUGUCAGUCUGCUGUCCAGCAGCUACGUGGAGGAAGAACACCAGACCUGGUACUUCCUCUCCACUUCCAUCCACAUUCUCCACUUGAUGUCAGUAAUCCUCACCAUGAACACAAAUCAGCAUCCUUGUAAUGCAUCAUUUAACUCCUCCACAUCAAACCAUUUCCUGAGGAGCUGCCCCAAAUCUGAUGUAGAGAGUGAUCAGGGCUCUCACUCAGACAAAUUCAGACAGGAAGUACUUAACACUGCUGUUUUAUUACUGGCUGCAAGAUUGAUGAGGUCUUGGAACCAGACAGGAAACAAGUGGCUCCACCUACCUGACAUUGGGGACUGGCUGAUUCUAGCAGACAACAGGACACUCCUCUCCGUCCUGGUGGCGGUAUCUCUUCUACUCAUUCUAGUCCUGCAGUCCCGUCGGCUGACCUGGGUGCAGACGAUACUGUCAGCCGCGGGGUUGUUCUGUGUGUUCUGGUCCCGUGCUUCAACUGGUGCCCUCUUUCUUCCCUUUGUUCCUCAAGUGGACAGGGGAAUCCUUCCGGCCAGGCUGAGCUUCCUGUGUGUAUUCCUUGUAUUGGUCAGUCAGUUCCUUCCUGGUCAAACCUCAAGGUCGUCUGUAGGACAUAUGGAUAUCUGUCUGACAGCAUGGACAGUCCUCCAUGUUUUAUUGAUGAGGCCUCAUAACACUGUACUGGUGGCCUUCAUGACAGUCCAGCAGUCUGUGCUUUGUGGAUGUAAACUAGUGCUCUCCCCCUCUGCUGCUGCAGUCUUCUAUGUGUGGAUGGGAAGAGCUGCUUUCUUUUCUCAGGGUAACUCUAACAGUAUAGCCACUGUGGAUGUGGGGGCGGGCUAUGUAGGACAGGAAGAUUACAACGCCUUCCCCGUCGCCUUCCUCCUGGGCCUCGCUACCUAUGCUGGUCCCAUUUACUGGUUCAUGGCCUUUCUUGCAAAGCUCAACACCCUCAAUCCAAGUCGUUGGGACCUUCACCAGGUAUACUUCACUGUGGCAGUGACUUGUUUACUACCGAUGGUGGUCUAUGCGGUGUUCGUGGUGACCGAGCGGUACCAUCUGUUUGUGUGGACGGUGUUUCUACCCAAGUUAUUGUAUUUUGGCAUGGACCUAGUGAUCUACUACCUUCUCUCUGUGAUACUAGUGCUGAAGUACUAUCUACGGUGUGAAUGAUGAUGUACCUCUAUAGUUCUAAUGAUAAAGUACUACACAGGGUUUUAAACUAACUUGAAUUUUUUGCUAGCCAUGUGGGCUACUAAACUUUGUUAUUCCAGGGGCCCACAUCAAAAUUUAGUUGCCCACACUUUAAAUUUAAAAGAAAUAAAAAAAAGAGUUUAUUUUUUUUUCUCAUUUGAUAACAUGCCAUUGUACAUACAUAUACAUUCAUAUUGAAUUUCGAUUUUUAUUAAAAUUUUCAAAUACUUCAUUUUCUAAAAUUUAUAACUCAAGUCUUCUGAAUCAACCACAUGUCUUGUUGUUCUUUUACAGUCAUCUGUAUUGGUUAAUCCAUCUCCUAUUACAAAUAAAAAUCCUUUUCUUUUGGUUGGCUGAUACAACCAUUACCAGAAAUAGAGAAUAAUACAUAACCUUUUCCAUAUCACAGCCAGUAUCAGCCCGAGACUCCAAGAUUCAUUUAUCACUAAGUCUUGUGACCAGUACAUUUGAUUGCAUCAGCUGUAUGUUUGUGUUAUUGUUUUACAUGUUUUAUACGAAUUUAUAUUUAUAAACUACACCUGUAUAUGAUAUACUGCAAUUGAUCCUGUUAAUGUUAUUUUUAUGUAAUAUCUAGUUCAUCUUUUUAUGGUUUCUUGAUCAGGAGAAUAACUGUAUUAACUAUUUAUACAUUUUUGCUCAAAAUAAAUAUGAAUAUAAACAUUGAGUUAAAAAGACGUGUACAUCUGUGAGUCUGUUAUGG